AUGGAGCUCCUUGCAACGCCACUACCCCCGAUACGCUACGAGCCCUCGUUGCUCAUGUUCCCCACGCUGUUGUGCCAGAUUUUUAGCGUAUGCACCCGACAUCCACCACCCGUCAUCGAGCCCAUGUCGAUGCAGACGGCCACCGCCCUCCUUGGCCAAGACGCCGAAUUUCUCUGCAAAGUUGGAGAUUUGGGAAGGCAUAAGGUGGCUUUCCUGAAGGCCGGCACGCCCCCGCGACUCAUCUCCUUUGACGAGAAGAUUUUCCGGAACGUGCAAAAAUACGAGCUGAGGCCCAGGGGCGGACCACAGGGCGAUGAGUGGAGAUUGAUCGUCAGGAAUUCGAAGCCCGAGGACCGCGGCAACUACACGUGCCAGAUCAACACGGACCCGGUGAUCGCCAAAAUUGGGGAGCUGCAGCUGAAAGUACCCCCAUCGGUCUCGCGGAACACGCCGUCAGCUGUCGAGGUGCGCGAGGGGCACAAUGUCACCCUCCAUUGUAAGGCCGAAGGCACGCCGGAACCAUCAGUGAUUUGGCGGCGCGCCGACCGGCAGAUCAUCCGCUUCAACGGGGCAACCGGAUAUGGAGCCACCAUCCACAAGGGCGCCCAGCUUCACCUGGUGCGCGUCUCCCGGAAGCACAUGGCCGAGUACGUGUGCGUCGCGUCGAACGGGCUGCCACCGGAUGAGAGCUGGACGGUGCGGUUGAUGGUGACGUUCCCUCCGCUCGUGCUCGCCAAGCAGUCAAUGGUGUCGGCGAAACGAGGAGCAGUAGCCCGGCUGGCCUGUGACGUGGAGAGUUGGCCGAGGCCGGAGGUGACCUGGGAAAAGGAAGGUGUGCCUGUUUUCGACUCGGACCACUAUGCUACGAGCCAAAUCGUCUCCCAGCCCUACCACACCUCGCACAUUCUCGAAAUCCGCAAGGUUACCGUUGACCAUUUCGGGAAUUAUCGGUGUAUCGCCCGCAACGAAAAUGGUCAACAUCACGGUGAAGUGUACCUGCAAGGUGGGGGCGGAGCCGACGACGAGGAUACGGUAGCCGGGCCGGAUUUCGAGCGGAACACCGUGCGACGCGAGAAUGAGCAGCUCCACCCACCCGCACCACCACCCGUCUCGGCCACAGGCACGUUU